AUGUUGCCCUUACUACCCGUCACAUAUACCUCGUGUUGUCUCUCUCUCAAGUGUGCGACUGAGUCACGCACGGCUGAAGUUAUACUUCUAUCUGGUUAUGAGCCCCGACUCCUAUUGAAGUCCUACCACCUCACACUUCCCUGCCAAACUGCAAGACCAUAUCCGCGAUGUCUACCACUGUCCCCAUCACAACCGAUACCCUCCCAAGCAAUGUUCCAAAACUGGGCAAUUUUCUCGCUCUGUUUCCAGAUUGCUAUUGAGGCGAAGGAAUUAUGGAGGCAAUUUGAUGGGACAACCCCACGUCCUGUCGGCGCAUCCAUGACUGCACCAGAUGGCACUGUUGUAGUGUCAUCCCCAGACCUUGAUGCCCUUGCUAAGUGGCUAAAAAGCGAAAAUCUUGCAAAACAUUCGCUCACCCAGUGUAUUCCCAAUUCUACUGUGCUGCAUGUAUGGAACCUCACCGACGUCGCUGCAAUGUGGAUGGAGAUCGUGUGCAAAUACACUGAGAUAGGUGCCUAUGCGCAGACCGACCUUCGCACUAAGUUCCUGGAGUCUAAGUGUCCUGGUAACUCUGACAUUCAUGAGUUGGCUGCUGUCAGGGUCAACAUUGAAGAAAAGGACUACCACUCCACCAUCAUUCAAUCUCUCCCCAAUUAUCUUGCAAGCUUUGCAUCCGGGCAGCUGGCUACUGCCCGUCUCUACAGCCCAACCCAAACCAUCAACCCCAACAUCCUCAUCUCACUCAUCAUUGAAGAGUCUGAGCAUUGCAAUCACAAGGAUGGUCGCAACGGCAACAACCGCGUUUACCGUCAAAGGCUGUGA